GUUUCAAAAUUAACUAUGGCUCUUACUGUGGACAAAUUAAAAAACGACGACAGGUUUUGUGGCGAUAAUGUUUUUCAGUUUUUGUUAUAUUUACCAUUCGGCGUCAUAUUACUGGCGUUUAGAAUAUUGUUGGCGCUUGUACUGUGGAUAGCCUCAAUUAUAUUGCCAAAUAAAUCAGCCGUGAGGCAACUGCUGUCUACACUGGCAUGUUGGACGUUCGGUGUGUAUGUGAAACUAAAGGGCAAUAGAGACCCACGUUGUAGUGUGCUUGUCUCCAAUUAUGUGUCAUGCCUGGACUCACUUGCGGCUUCACAUGUUCUGGGCACAAUAAGUUUGAGAAAAUGGAAGGUGCCACCAUUUUUUGCAUCUACAUUGGGCAUAAGGAAUGCUGCACAGUUUGUGAGAAAGGCACAUUUUGCGGACUCUCCCAGUAAGCCGAUACUGCUGCAGCCGGAGGGUGGCCCUACGAAUGGCAAGGGGCUACUCAAGUUCACGGACUGGCCCUUCCAGAUUGGCAAUAGAGUGCAACCUGUUACCAUCUCGGUGGAGCGUAUGUACACAGCGGUGACGGUGGCUGGCGGCGGCGGUGGUGACAGGUUCCCGUGGUCGGACGCGUUGUGGUUCCUGUGGUCGCCGGUGACGGUGUUCCGUGUGAACUUGCUGCCACCUCUCGACCGCGGCUCUGAUGCUGACAGCGCCUACAGUCGUCGUCUGCGGGAGGCCAUCGCUGCAGAUCUCGGGGUGGAACUGACAGAAUUCAACUGGGAGGAUGUGAAGGAGGCCGCAAAGAGAGCGGCGGGGGAGGCCGCCCGCCGCCGCCCCCUCCCCGCCCCCGCCGCCUCCCCCGCCGCCCCCGCCGCCGCCCCCGCCCCCCGCGCGGGGACCUUGCGAGCCGGCCUGGGGAUGGAGGCGAAGGCGCGGCAGGUCAAGGAAGUAUUGCCCGCAGUACCUCUGGCGGACAUCUUGAGGGACCUCGCAACAACCGGCAGUGUGGACGUAACUAUCACCAAUUUCCUGGAAGGGGUGACCACGUACGAGCCAGAGCCGUCCACGUCGGCCCCCGCGGCGCCCCCCGCCCCCCGCUACGUGACGCCGACCCCCACGGGGGUGUUCCCCAAGAGUGCCAAAGAACGACAGCUCAGUUUUCAGGAGAGGAAAGCCCAGAUGAUCGCCGAAGCCCGGCAGAGGUAUAUUGAUAAACAUGGCUUGAACUUCGCAUGAACGGCUUCAAAUUCGUAAUUUUAUUGAUGAUAAUUAUUUUUAUAUGAUUAUUUUCCAUUAUGUAGGUACUUUCACAUCUGGAGUCAUUUAAUUUCGUUGAAAAGAUAAGUCUCUUAACACGUUAAAGACCGCAUGCUCACCGGUGGGUCACUCCACAACUAUUUUUUAUAGGAAUUUAUAUAUAAAUAUUUUGCUUUAUAUUUAUAUAUCUUUU